AUGUUUUCCAAGAUACUAGUUGAUUUGGAUCAAAAUCCUUUUUCAGAUAAAGUUAAACUUCCACAAGAAGUGUUGAAUGAUCUGUUAAGUUCCGGUAGGGGAGAUGUAUUUCACACUACUAAGCCUUUAUUAUUCAAUAUUAUCGCCUACGAUUCAUUAGGACAAAAACUAUCUUCUGCCACUGUGGGAGUCCGCGAAUUCAGCCUUUCUGAACCGCAGGCAAUUCAGAUCCCUUGGUUUAUUGCCUUCAAAAUGGGAUUGCUUGGUCUAUUGGAUCGCGAUAAGGUCGCCAUAGAAUGGGAGCUGGACCAAUCUGUGCCUAAUGGUACGUCCGUCUCAUUAGAACCCGUGGGAAGAAUUUUGGUGGAGAAUAUCCUUAAGAGUCCUAUGCAAUAUGCAGACGAAGCUAGAGUAGAUGAGAACUUCUCGGAUGCUUUUGUAAAGGAUGAGUUCCUCCUGAAGAGUUUUUUAGAGGCAAGGCUCAAUAACGCAAUCACCACGGUGUACGAAAAUGAAUGUCUACUGCUCUCAACAGAGCCAAAUGGUGAAUCCUCUCAAUAUCUUUACAAAUUCAAAAUCCAUGAUGUACAUCCAGCGAAGAUUGUCUGCGUUGUGAAUACAGAUAUAGAGCUAAAUAUCAUCCAGUCGUUUAAGGUUCCUAAUCAUCCAGAUGAAUUCGCUAGAAACAAUACAAAAUUGCCUUUGUUUAACAAUUCUAUUUCGGCUGAUGUGAAAACAGUGGACAUUGGCCUAGGCUCCACAGUUGAUGUGUCUAUCGGCGAUGAGAAUAUUUACAGAAUCAGUAAUUUGAAAGAUGUCGAGCUCGAGAUCACUAGAAAUGAUCUCAACGAGCAAUUUCAGCUCGUAGUGGGCCAUGACGAUACGAUAGAUAUUGAUUGUUAUUCACACAGUACUAACGAAGGGUUUUCGAGAACACUCGACACAGAUGUAAAUUCAGGAACAAAAAUACACCUACCAGAUUUGGAGGAGGUUUUCAUGAAACCUGUGUUCUAUGGAAGUCCAGAUCUACCUUCUUUCUCUUUUACUAUAACGAAAACGGAGACCUCAGAGCCUUCCAACUUACCUGCCGGUUCGAUCGAAUGCCCUCACUGUAAAUCAAUAGUACCGCAAAGUGCAUACACACUUCAUGAACUUCACUGUAGUCGCAGCACUAAACAAUGCUCGUUGUGCAAUAAGCUAUUUUUGCAUACAAAAAUGAUUCCCACUAAUCACUGGCAUUGUAGUGACAAUCACCCGUUAAUUUGUGGCGACACUGAUAUAUCUCGGAUUAGGCAUCAUGUGCUGUAUCAUGAAGUUAAAAAAUGUGACCUCUGUGCUUGUGAGCUAAGCAAUACGAUAUCUCUAGCCCGUCACAAACAUAAUGAGUGCCCAAUGGGGAAGCAUUAUUGUAGAUUUUGCCAUCUAUGCGUAUCUAGAGGUACACCAACGAUUGAAUCAAAAUACUAUGGGAUGUCCCCGCAUGAGGUCAGUUGUGGAAUGAAAACUGUUGAAUGCUACAAGUGUAAAAAAACAUUAAAACGGUUGGACAUGGGCCGUCAUCUGGAGAUGCAUGAUAUCGAAAGGAAGACGAAAGGAAAUGCUACUCGUCUGUCACUUUGUAAUAAUAUUAAUUGUUGUCAAACAAAGAAAGGUUUUUUCCAAAACAAACAAGGGCUCUGCGAUACCUGCUUUGGCCCUUUUUACACCACAAACGAUGAUCCAGACGAGGCUUUAUUUUUGCGAAAGCUCGAAAGAAAGUAUGUCAUUCAGAUGUCUCGAGGAUGUGGAUUUACAUUUUGCAAGAACAAGGAGUGUAAAUCCUCAGGUUUAAGUUCUCUCACAAAUAUGGCAGACAUAAUGCGCCAUAUACACGAGGAUCUGACCUCUCUAGAUAACAGGAAAUACUGGCUUUGUGUUGAUGAGGUUUUAACAAAGCGAAAAAUAUUGGCAGAUACUUAUAUUGACAUAUAUCCAGACGAGUACAACCCUCUUUGGGUUUACCAUGCAGUUAAUCAAGUAUCGGUACGAAACUUAGACUCUUUACAGAUUUGGUUAAAAGAAAAUGCAAUAUCAAAUGAGGAGAUAUGA